GAGCGUUGCUGUCACUGCUACCUGCAGACGACAAUUUCCCGAUCUUGCAGUUCUGUUUAUCGAUCUCACUAAAGAACAUACCUGGACCUAAAUUUGGAUAUUUAUGACAUUAACAAUUAUGUGAAGACAUAAACAUCAUCAAUUAAUCAUUUACGAAAAUGUUUUCAUAAUUAUUUGUUCUUAUUAUUUUGUACUCGCGUGCUUAUUUUAAAGAUAGCAUUGAUAAAAGAUUUAUCAAGUAAUAAAUGAAGUGUAUAAACUGAAAAAAAAUUGGAUACUUAGAUAUCGUAUUAAUUGAAGAUAUAAUAUUUUUAAAUAUUCUUUCAAAGCUUGGAAUUAUUUUUCAUUUUAUUAAUGUACAUUGUUCAAUUAUGACGUCAUAUACAUUAUUUAUAUUGUUACUUUUCGCUCGUGUUCGUAUCUGUGAAAAUUUUAAAAUAGGUCUUCUGCUGACAACACGCGCCCCUUCUCCAGGAUUUCCAACAAUUUUUACUUCCGGCGGUGCUUUUCAGCUUGCGCUGGAAGAAAUAAACAAUCGUUAUAAAACUUCUGUUGAUUAUAUUUGGAAUAAUACGGACUGUGACGUCACCAGGGCCCUUCUUACAGGGUAUGAGCAAGGGACACAGGGCAAUGUUGAUGUGAUUGUGGGUCCGGCGUGUGAAAAAUCAAUGGAUUUAGUCACGAGGCUAAUGUCAGUAUUGAAAAGCGGCCCUGUGCCUACAUUUACCUGGUUACCAAGGAAACAGAGUUCAUCGUUUCCAAAUGACACGGCCAUCAGCACGUAUCCAUCGUACGAAACGAUAGCCAACUCUUUCGUUGUUCUUUUGAAACACUUUUCAUGGAAGAAAAUAGGAAUUAUUGCAGCAAAGGACGAGAUUUGUGGCUCCCUCAUUGAAACAGUGAAUGAUCUGUUCCCAAACAAAGAUCUCAGCAUUAUAAGAUUAAAAUUUAUGACGAUUUUUACACAACAAAGUAUAGUUAGCGGUAUAACAGAGGUCAAGGACCAUGCUAGAGUCAUUCUGCUUUGUAUGAAGCCAGAGUACGUGCGACAGUUUCUCGUUGAAGCGGACGCACUGGGAUUUACCUCAAAAGAGUUCGUGUUCAUAUAUUGUAGAUUCGGGCCGUCCCCAGAGACCGGACUUCUUCAGCCAGGUACUGACAACAAAAUCUUCAAAUCUCUUCUACAAAUUGGAUUUAUGUCGAAUAACCUGGCACAGGUCAGCAACUUCACAAGUACGGCAGCACAAAAGUGGUUCGACAACUGCACAAGUAUGGCAACACAAAUGGGUUUCAACAAAUUGCCAAUGUACUGUAAUGAGACUGACGAGUUUUCAAUGUCCCUGUAUGACACACUACUAUUUUCUGCUGACAUGUACUUUAACAACCCUCAAAAUGGAACAUUUAACUAUUCAAACAUGGCGAGAACAAUUCAGACAUUUUCCGGGACAAAGGCGUUUGAUUCAUCAGGAAAGAUAAUUAGAAAAGCAACCCUGGUGUAUUUUCAAAAUGGCGAUUUUGAAACCGUUGCAACAGUAACAGAUAUAUUUCUAUUAAAUAAACCCAUUAAAUGGCCAGGAGGAACGCUGCCGGCGGACUCUCCAGAUUGUGGUUGGACGGGAGAUCAGUGCUCAACUGACGAUUCUGUCAGUAACAAGAACUCUGUGAUAAUUGGAAGCUGCGUGUCACUGGCCGUUAUUUUGAUAAUUGGAGGGGCUUUGUACGCAUGUUACAGGAAAUCUAAAUUUGAGAAGGACUUAUUGAAUAUGAUCUGGAAAGUGAACAAUAAUGAAAUCAAGCUGAGACGACCUCGUGCCCCAACACAAAAUUCUCUACAAGAUAAAAAUAACUCUACACACCAUAAAAAGACGCUAACACGAAUGGACACCCGAGGGACAUUAGGUCUUGGUUCGACCAGCAGUAUAGACAAAACAAUUUUAUUUGCACCGGUUGGAAAUUAUAAAGGCUCAAUAGUUGCUGUGAAAAAUAUCCAACGUCGUUCUAUACAACUUAACAGAGAAAUGUUGAGAGAUCUGAAAUCUUUGCGGGAGCUGCAACAUGAAAACUUGAACCCGUUUAUUGGCGUGAGCUUAGAGCCGGGUAACAGUUAUAUUCUUAUGAAGUAUUGUUCAAAAGGAAGUUUACAGGAUGUUUUAGAAAAUGAUGACAUCAAACUGGACAACAUGUUUAAGAUGUCAUUUCUGAUGGAUUUGGGAAGGGGUCUAGAUUUUCUACACAAAAGUCCAGUAAGAUCACAUGGCAAUCUCAAGUCCAGUAACUGUGUAAUAGACAGUAGAUGGGUCUUAAAACUCACUGACUACGGUGCCCUGUGUAUACCACCAGACACGGAACCAACUUGCAACGAAGAAGAUAACGAAUAUUAUUCAACUUAUAAUUCCAAUAUUGAUAAACCGUCACGUGAAGAGUCGUCCCUUGAGUAUAGUGACAGGGAAAAAACACGUGAUGAUGAAAUAGAUAAUUCGCAUUAA